AUGUCUGCGCUAGAAGAUCAACAGCAUCCGCAGCGACAGAAGCGGUUGCUCAGUGUCUUUUUAUCGAAAAAAGUUCCACAUGUUCCUGCAGAAGAAGAAAGAAGACCGUACCCUGCAUCGACGACUAAUUUCGUCUCGAGGAUAUUCUUUUGGUGGCUUUCGCCCGUUAUGAAGACGGGGUACAAGAGGACGUUGCAGGCGGAGGAUCUUUUCUACUUGACGGACGAGAUCAAAGUGCAGGCAAUGGCCGAUGCGUUUUAUCGCUACAUGAGCCAAGACAUCCACCAUGCAAAAGUGAAAUUUUUGAGACGGAAAUGCAAAGAACGAGGCGAGACCCUCGAGACAACGUCAGUGGACCCCGAGAAUGAUUUGCGCGACUUUGAGUUGAGCAAGUUCAUCACGGUGUGGGCGUUGGCAAAGACGUUUAAAUGGCAAUAUUCGUGGGCGUGUCUAUGUCUAGCCUUGUCCAAUGCUGGUCAGACAACGAUGCCGUUGGUGACCAAGAAAUUGAUCCAGUAUGUCGAGAUGAAGGCCUUGGGUCACGAAACGGGGAUUGGAAAGGGGCUCGGUUACUCCUUUUGCACGGCCGCCAUGGUUUUCAUUACUGGUAUAUUCAUCAACCAUUUCUUCUACCGUUCCAUGUUGACGGGAGCGCAGGCCAAAGCGGUGUUGACAAAGGCUUUGUUGGACAAGUCGUUUAAAUUGAGCUCGGAGGCUCGUCAUAAAUACCCAACAUCGAAAAUCACUUCUAUGCUAGGCACAGAUUUGUCGAGAAUUGAUUUCGCAUUGGGGUUCCAGCCGUUUUUGUUUAUUUUCCCCAUUCCAGUCGCGAUUGCCAUUGCCAUCUUGAUUGUAAACAUUGGUGUUUCUGCUUUAGUCGGUGUUGCCAUUUUGUUUGUGUUUAUGGUCUGCAUCGCCUUUUCCACAGGUGCAUUGUUUGCAUAUAGGAAAAAGGCCAACUUCUUUACCGAUACUCGUGUCAACUACAUCAAAGAAGCGUUGAACAAUUUAAAGAUUAUCAAGUUUUACUCAUGGGAGCCUCCCUACCAUAGAAACAUUUCCGACGUGAGGAAGAAGGAGAUGAAGAUUAUUUACAGGAUGCAAGUGUUGAGAAAUAUCGUUACAUCGUUUGCCAUGUCCUUGACAUUGUUUGCUUCCAUGACGGCCUUUUUGGUUCUUUACGCCAUUGCAGAUGGAAGAAGAGACCCUGCUUCUAUCUUCUCGUCGGUUUCUUUGUUCAACACCUUAACCCAGCAAGUUUUCCUUUUGCCAAUGGCCUUGGCCACGGGAGCUGAUGCCUUUAUGGGUAUUUCCCGUGUGGGUGAAUUCAUGUCGCAAAGCGAGAUUGACCCCGAGGAGAAUCGCAUUGAGGCAAGUCCCGAACAAAGAGAACAAAUGGGCAAAGAAGGAUUGGCGAUAGAAGUCGAUCACGCAAACUUCGAAUGGGAGAUUUUUGGAAAUGAUGAUGAUGAAGAUGAAGAAAAAAAGAACAAGAACAAAAUGAAGAAGAGCAAGUCGGAUGAAAAGAAAGAAGGUUCUGAGAUCUCCGAAGCUGAAACUAUCCACGAGUCGCACCACGAGAAAUUGUCCAGGGAAGAAGAAAACUCCUCCACAGAUGAACUGGCCGAGGAGGAAUUUACUUUUGCCGGUUUGACAGAUAUCAAUUUGAAAAUCAGAAAAGGCGAAUUUGUGGUCAUCACUGGGUUGAUUGGUUCUGGUAAGUCCUCUUUGCUUGCAGCCAUGUCUGGAUUCAUGAAGCGAACAAGUGGGUCCGUUGAGGUCAAUGGCUCAUUAUUGCUCUGCGGCUACCCCUGGGUGCAGAAUAGCACGGUUAAGGAAAAUAUUCUUUUUGGUUGCGAAUACGAUAAGGAAAAAUACGAAAAAGUCAUCUACUCGUGUUCGUUGGAAGCAGAUUUGGAGAUUUUACCAGCCGGUGACAGAACCGAAAUUGGUGAGCGUGGAAUCACCUUGUCAGGUGGCCAAAAGGCGAGAAUCAACUUGGCUCGUGCGGUGUAUGCUGAUCGAGACAUUGUGUUGUUGGAUGACGUGUUGAGCGCCGUUGAUGCCCGUGUUGGUAAGCACAUCAUGAACAACUGUAUAUUGGAUUUGCUCAAGGACAAGACGAGGAUCUUGGCUACGCACCAGUUGUCAUUGAUUGGUUCCGCAGACAGGGUCAUCUUUUUGAACGGGGAUGGCUCAGUUGAUGUGGGCACUUUUGCAGAGUUGAAAGAAAGGAACCCUGGUUUUGGUAAAUUGAUGGCUUAUAGUAGUGAGCACGAGAAGGAAGAGGAAGAAGACGUUGAAGAAAUCAAUGCGCAAGAGCUCGAGGAGGAAAAACGAAUGAUUGAGCGUCAAUUGACCCAUAGGACCACGAUUACGAACAAAACGUUGCAAUCAGCUUCGCGAGGAGGGCAAGGAGGGGAAGGAAAAGAAGAAGAAGAAGACGAGGAAGCACGCCACCGUGAAUUCAAUGUCGAUGAAACUGCAGAUGGAAAAUUAAUUGACGCCGAGGAGCGUGCCGUGAAUGCCAUUGGAUUCGGUGUUUACAAGAGAUACAUUUCACUAGGCUCGGGCAGAUUUAGCCCCUAUGUGUUUGUGCCCACGUUGCUUUUGUUCAUGAUGCUCUCCACAUUCAGUCAGAUUUUCACAAACACCUGGUUAUCGUUCUGGACAGGACACAAGUUCCACAAGCCAGACAAGUUCUACAUUGGUAUCUACAUUAUGUUUACCUUUUUGUCCUUUAUCUUGUUGACCAUCGAGUUCAUCAUCUUGGUGUACCUCACCAACACCGCUUCUGUAAUGUUGAAUGUUCUUGCCGUGAAAAAAGUGUUGCAUGCACCAAUGUCGUUUAUGGACACGACCCCAAUGGGUAGAAUUUUGAACAGAUUCACCAAGGAUACCGAUGUGUUGGAUAACGAAAUCGGAGACCAGUUGAGGUUUUUCCUUUUUACAUUGUGCAACAUUAUUGGUGUUUUGAUCUUGUGCAUUAUUUAUUUGCCCUGGUUUGCCAUUGCCAUUCCCUUCCUUGGCAUGAUGUUUGUUUCCAUCAGUAACUACUACCAGGCAUCAGCGCGUGAAGUCAAGCGUCUUGAAGCCAUCCAAAGGUCCCUUGUUUACAACAAUUUCAACGAGAUCUUGAGCGGUAUGGCCACCAUUAAAGCCUAUGGCGCCAUUUCCAGGUUUAUAACAAAGAACAAUUACUUGAUUGACCGGAUGAAUGAGGCUUACUACAUCACCAUUGCCAACCAACGUUGGUUGGCUAUUCACAUGGACAUCAUUGCCAGCUUGUUUGCCUUGCUCAUAGCCUUGCUUUGUGUCAACAGGGUCUUUAACAUCAGUGCCUCUUCAGUUGGUUUAAUCGUUUCGUAUGUUUUCCAAAUUGCCGGUCAAUUAUCGAUGCUUAUCAGGACUUUUACUCAAGUUGAGAACGAGAUGAAUUCAGCGGAGAGGUUGGACUCGUAUGCUACAAACUUACCCGAAGAGGCUCCUUAUGUCAUCACCGAGAACACCCCGCCACCAAACUGGCCCUCAAUGGGGGCCAUUGCUUUUCAAGAUGCCUCGUUGGCGUACAGACCUGGAUUGCCCUUGGUUUUGAAGAACUUGACCUUCCGGGUGAACCCAAUGGAAAAAGUUGGUAUAUGUGGAAGGACAGGAGCAGGCAAAUCGUCGAUUAUGACUGCUUUGUACCGGUUGUCUGAGCUAGAAUCGGGAAAGAUUGAAAUCGACGAUAUCGAUAUCUCCACGUUGGGGUUGAAGGACUUGAGAUCCAAGUUGGCCAUCAUUCCACAAGAUCCAGUUUUGUUCAGAGGCACAAUCAGGAAGAACUUGGACCCAUUUGGCGAGCAUUCCGAUGACAAGUUGUGGGAUGCCUUGAGGAGAUCCGGUUUGGUUGACGAAUCCAAAUUGGAAGCCGUGAAGAAGCAGCAGCAGCAGCAAAAAGUCAACGAUUCCGAUGCAGAGGCAACGUUGAACAAGUUCCAUUUGGACCAAACUGUGGAAGACGAGGGUUCCAAUUUCUCGCUUGGUGAACGUCAAUUGAUUGCUUUUGCUCGUGCCUUGGUGCGCGAUUGCAAGAUUCUUAUCCUUGAUGAAGCAACCAGCUCUGUUGACUACGAGACGGAUAGCAAGAUCCAAGAGACGAUCAUCAGGGAGUUUAAAGAUUGCACCAUCCUAUGCAUUGCGCAUAGAUUGAAAACAAUCAUCAACUACGACCGGAUAUUAGUGUUGGAUAAAGGUGAAAUCAAAGAAUUCGAUACCCCUUGGAACUUGUUCAACCUGGAAGGCGGCAUAUUCAAGCAAAUGUGCGAACGCUCAAACAUUACGCCGCUGGAUUUCUCCAACCUGAAAGGUUUCUAA